UUUAUCCCAAUUUCAUUGGAUUGUUUCGCCGGUAAGAUCUUAUCCUCAUUUCCAAAAGAGAUGUCAUGGCUAGUGCCGAUUUCUUUGCAAUCUUUAAAAUUAUUUUCUUUGUUUUCAAGAAUUUGUGUAGGUUGGUGAUGAAACAUUUUGGUAGCUUACAAUGUGUUUGAUGAAAUGCCUCAAUGAAGCAUUUGGUUGAUUUUUGAUUGAUUUUUGUUCGUUCGAAUUAGGAAAUCAAGGCCAAAGGAGAUGUCAUGGCUAUGGGCUGAAGCUUUGAGAAAAAAAGAAUGAAAAAUGAAAUGUGAUAUUCUCAAAUGGCAAAGAAGAGGAAGCAUAGUGAGUCUUUGCCGACGGUAUCAGUUAAGAAGGACGAUGAUGCUCCGGAGAGACCUAAGCGGACACUCAUGGGCUGGAAAGACAAAAAAGUGACAAAAGAGAGUGAAGUUGGUUCUGAUCAUGCUGUUUUUCGAAAUAAAGAAAAGGUUCUCAUCACGUGUUCCCAUCGAAUCAAUUUUAGGUAUCGGCAUUUGAUGUUGAAUAUGGUAUCACUUUUGCCACAUUGUAAGAAGGAUAACAAGGUGGAGUCGAGGUCCAGCAAGGGCGCAACACUGAAUGAGCUGGUUGAGCUCAAAGGUUGUUCUUCCAGCCUAUUUUUCAAGGUU